UUAGAACAAUGGUCUCUUUCCGGCAGCCACGGGUUACGGUGCAGACAUGGCCAAGUCCAAGAACCACACCACACACAACCAGUCCCGAAAAUGGCACAGAAAUGGCAUCAAGAAACCGCGAUCACAAAGAUACGAGUCUCUGAAAGGGGUGGACCCCAAGUUCCUGAGGAACAUGUGUUUUGUCAAGAAGCACAACAAGAAGGGCCUGAAGAAGAUGCAGGCCAACAACGCCAAGGCUAUGGCUGCGCGUGCUGAAGCUAUCAAGGCCCUGGUCAAGCCUAAGGAAGUAAAGCCCACGAUCCCAAAGGGUGUCAGCCAGAAGCUCGAUCGGCUUGCCUACAUUGCCCACCCCAAGCUUGGAAGGCGUGCCUGUGCCCGCAUUGCUAGGGGUCUCAGGCUGUCCCGGCCACAGACCAAGGCAAAGGCCAAGACUGAGCCCCAAAUCAAGGGCAAGGUCAAGGCUCAAAUCAAGGCCCAAGCUCAAGCUCAAAUCAAGAGCAAGGGCAAAGGCAAGGCCCAGGCUGAAACCAAGCCCAAGGCCCAAGCCGAAACCAAGCCCAAGGCCCAGGCCCAAGCCAAACCCAAGGCUCAGGCCCAAACCAAGCCCAAGGCCCAGGCCACACCUGCAGCCCCAGUUCCGGCUCAGGCUCCUCCCAAAGGUGCCCAGCCCCCCGCAAAGGCUCCCUAGUAACAGCCUUUGCCUGCCAAUUGAAGGGCAGAAGGACUGGUGUGACCCCUG